AUGUCUGAAGAUGUCUGGGUGUCAUCUAUUGAGUCCUCAUAUAAUACAAUCUACGGGUCGUCGGAGGUGGGUCCCCUCCGAAGCACCAGCAUCGUCUUGCUCGUCAUGCCUCAAGCCCUACAAGCACCAAGCUGGCAUACCUUGACAGCGGUGUACCAUCCUAAACUUCUCCUUUUUAUGUUACCAUCUUCGCCCUUCAUGGCAUGGCUUUCAGUGGCCGUGAGUAUUAUCGAUCGGACUACCACAUCUUUUUCUGAAGCCGAAUCGAGCGUCCUCAAGAGCGGAACCGACGAAAAGAAGGCUCAGUACUUGCGUGACCGCGGUGUCGAGAUCGCUACCUUCAUCGACAAGUUCAUCCAGCAGAACGGACUGCCCCCGCCGGACGAAAAAGGAAGUGGCGGCGGUUUCGCGAUCCUGGGGUGGUCGCUCAGAGCUCUGUUCGCACUUGCCACGACCGCUAAUGUGGACGUUCUUGGAGAUUCAACGAGGGCUCACUUCGCUCGAUACAUGCGAUCACUUAUCCUGUUUGGUGCGUCCGAAGGUGAUCAUGCUAGUCAUGCGGCCGUCCUUGACGAGUUACUUGCAGAAACAGCAUUUGUCUCUAUUGGGUCGCUUCCGCCGCCUAAAACGUGGAAUUCACUCCUGGACGAGAGCAUUCCACUUCCUAUGCGCACGCCUAUGAUCAACUACUGGGUUUCCGCGUAUUUUGACCACGGCGACUUGAAAACCGCGAUCUCAAUACUCUCGAGUACGUCGUCCCCUCGCCGACGCGGUUUCCGAGCAUACACAACUUGUCUGCCGAGCAGUCUCCGCGCGUUGUAUGAGAAGACGGUUUUCGACAAGAAGGCUAGAGAAAUAUUGCCGCAUAUGAAGGUGUGCGCGCUCUUUGGUGGCCGUACGUCGGCGGUCUCGUUGCCGAGUAUGUUCGCCAUGGAGGGAGACGAUAGGGCUCAUGGAGGUGGAAAUAUAUGCUUCCGCCUCAUCAAGGGCGGAAACCACUUCAUGCAUUGGGAUGAACCCGAGCUCACGCUUGAGACACUACUGGACGCGAUGGCGUAGUUCUCGCGCGCGGCCAAUCUCGCGGCCUCAAUGACUCAAGUAUCUGCUACCACCUUACACGUAUAUCAUCGUCAGCUACAGACUCAUGUAUGCUUGUUA